CGACAUUUGGCUUGUAAUUAGUUAAGGGGUCAUUGCAACCUUAUUACACACUCCUUCGCCACUCCCACCUUCUCCCAUCCAACCACCCCCCCUAAACCCUUUUUUGUAUUUUACUUAUAUAUUAUUACUUUAAUUAGUUGGUCGAUAUUAGAUAAGCAUUAAGAAAAAACCCACGCCCAAUCAAAACCAAAAAGGGUCAAAAUCAUUUCAAAAGAAGGAAAUAAACGAGGCUCGGUGUUGCUAUUUUCACAAUCGUAUAUUUGGUGGAAAUCGCAACGUCGUCUUCAUUGUUAGCCGGAGUUUAGCAUCUUUAAAGAUCAAAGCUUCUCUCCAUCGAAAUUCUCAAGAAAGGUGAAAUUAAGAUGAAGAACAAUUUGAGCAAUAGUACUCGGCUCAUACUCCUCCACCCCUACAUUCAAAAGCAAGGCAGCUCCAACCGCCUAUGGCUCCUCGCUCUACUCUCCUUCCUCACUCUAGCAUUCCUUGCAACCCUCAUCUACACGCGCGAGUCCAUCUCCACCACCACCUCCACGACCGUCGCAGCCGUGGUGGCCGCGGCGGCCAACCCCCGGCUCCCGGCCUCCGUGUCGAGGGCCCUGAUCCACUACGCCUCCAACUCCAACAACUCCGACCAUAUGUCCCACGCCGACAUAAAGCAGGUCUCCGACGCCCUCCGGCAGUGCUCGCAGCCGUGCAACGUGCUCGUAUUCGGCCUCACGCCGGAGAGCCUCCUCUGGAGGGCCCUCAACCACAAUGGGCGGACGGUGUUCAUCGACGAGAACCGCUACUACGCGGCCUACGUGGAGGAGAAGUACCCGGAGAUCGAGGCCUACGACGUGCAGUACGCGACGAAGCUGAGCGAGAUGGCGGAGCUGAUCGCGGCGGUGAAGGAGCAGGUGAGGAACGAGUGCCGGCCGGUGCAGAACCUCCUCUUCUCCGAGUGCAAGCUGGGCCUCAACGACCUGCCCAACCAGCUCUACGAGGUGGAGUGGGAUGUCAUACUCGUCGACGGACCCCGGGGCUACUGGCCGGAGGCGCCGGGGAGGAUGGCGGCCAUCUUCACGGCGGCCGUGCUUGCCCGGAGCAAGAGGGGCGCCAACGCCAAGACGCACGUCUUCGUGCAUGACUUCAACAUGAAGGUGGACAGAGUGACGAGCGAUGAGUUUCUGUGCAGAGAGAAUUUGGUGAAGUCGACGGAUACGAUGGGCCAUUUUGUGCUCGAGAGAAUGGAUGCCAACGCCGCACAGUUCUGCCGGACGCCGCCGCCCUCAUGAUCGCUUUCUUAUACCUGCUCUGCUUUCCUUUCUAAUAAUCACUAGUGGAUCAUAUAAUUUAAUUCAUUUUCGCAUUUUUGCUCCUUUUGGCAUCUGUAUCAUGUUAUUUUCUAUGUCCAAUUCAAGAAGUGUAUCUUUCAAAAGAGAAGCCUAUUCUUGUAGUAUGUAUGGUAUUAAAGAAGGAUUAAUUGUCUCUAAA